CGCUCGUUCCUGCGAUAAUAUCCUCACCCAAGUAGAGCCUAAGCAUAUCUGAAUAUUUGAAAUCAAGAAGGAACAGUAUGAAAAAAUGACCUCACGGAAAAUGCCUUACGAGUUGAAGACCAACUUCAAACCGUCAAAAAUUGAUGUGGAUAUUGUCGCUGUACAAGGCCUCUGGGCUAACCCAGAAUGGACCUGGAAGAAAGCGGGCGUGUUGUGGCUGGCGGAUUUACUACCGCUGGACAUCCCUAAUGCACACACAAUGACUUUUGGUCCGAUACCUCGUCCUCCUCGGCCCCAGAUGAAGCCUUCUACGUACCUUCUUCUUGAUGUAUUUAUACUGGGUCUCCUCAUACUAGGUGCUAGAUGCCAUCCAUGGCGCACCCUCGCUUUCACAAUGAGCGCGGCGCUUGCAUUGCUGCAAGCUUGGUUUUAUCUCGAGAAGCACCUUGUGAAUCUACGAACAACUCCCGCAACGGAAAUUCAUGACCAAGCUAUUGUGCUUCUUGCAAAGCUUAUGGAUCGGCAGAAGGAAGAGCAAGAUUCAAUCCCAAUGAUCCUGAUAGGUCACAGCUUUGGCGGACUUGUCAUUAAACAGGCAAUGGUCCUCGCCGCAAAUGACCCUCAAUAUACGACCAUUGCGAAGCGAGUUCAAGGUUUCAUCUUUCUGGGAACUCCACAUCGAGGCGCGAGGCUUGCCACAGCUGCAAAAUACUGGUGGUUCCAAUCAGCCUUAGACAUCCGAGCUGUACUUGAAAUGAACUCUAAGAUUUUGGUGGAUCUAGACGAUUCAUUUUUGAAGCUACCCUCCAUUCAAACGAGUAAAAGUAUAUAUUGCUUCUUUGAAGAGAAGCCGACAGUUUAUGGCCCACCAUUCUUUCACUUUUCGAUGAAAGCUGUGGAUGAAAGUUCAGCGACUUGGCCUGACCGUCCGGCAGAAGGACUAUCUAGGAAGCAUUCGGAUCUCAGCAAAUAUGAAAAGCAUGACGACCCAGAUUUCCAACGAAUCUCAAAAACCAUCCAAAAGAUCCUAAGUAGUUUACCCUAGAGCUAUCAGCAGAAGGAACGAUAGGUGGCUCGAGAAACACGUUCAGCCCAAAGAAUAGAAACACUUUCCACGAAACAACACGCGCAAAGAAAGAACAAUUUCGAC